CCCAGGAAGGGGCAGGCCUCGUGCCGCAGGGCCCGGCACUGCCCUGAGGCUCCGCUCUGCAGGUGGAGGCGGGGCGGGUUCUCGGCGGGAGAAUGUGCCCUUCGGCUCCUUGCCUGGCAGGCUGGCGUGGCCUUCGAGGACGUGGCCGUGCUCCUCUCCCGGGAGGAGUGGGGGCGCCUGGACCGGGACGUGAUGCUGGAGACCUUGGCGCUCACGGCCUCGCUGGGUUCCUGGAAUGGAGCAGAGGUUGUGGCAGCAUCCUCUGAACACAGUGUUCCUUUAGACCUGUCACAGGUCAGCACUCCCAAGUUACCUUCCUGUGGCCAGAAGACCCACCCCUGUCUGAUGUGUGGUCUGAUCUUGAAACAUAUUUUCCAUUUGACUGAACACCAGGGAACACAUCACAACCAGAAAGUGUUAAGGUGUGGGAUACGCAUGAAACAAUUUUAUUUCAGUGCAAACUUUGAACAGCACCAGCAGCAGCACAUGAAAGAAAAACCCUUCACAGGGAGCGUGGACACAGCUUCAGUCGUGAUGAGCUACAAUUGUGAUGUGUUAGGGAGGAGCAGUACCUUCAGGGUGGUUGAGAAGGACAUUCAAGCCACCGCGGGACAUCUCCAGCAACAGGACACUGACACCAGGGAGAAGCCAAACAAAAUCACAGUAUGUGGGGCCGAUUCUCCAAGCUUAAAAAGUCACCCCAACUGGGAACAACCCACGCAAGUCUUUAAUCCCAAACACACAUUUAAUGAGGACCAGAGUGUACACACUAGAAGACAAUGUUUUGUCUGCUCUGAAUGUGGGAAAAGAUUCAAGUACAGAUCCUCAUUUGAUAAUCAUCAGAGAGUCCACACUGAUGACAUUCUUCAUGAGUGUGGUGACUGUGGAAAAUCCUUUAGGGGAAGUUCAAACCUCAGUCGACACCGAAGAAUUCAUACUGGGGCAAGGCAGUGUAAGUGCAGCAAAUGUGGAAAAUCCUUUAGCCACAAAUUUGUCUUCAUUUGUCCUGAGAGCAGUCGCACUGGGGAGAAUUCCUACACGUGCCGUCAGUGUUCCCAGUCUGUUGACCAUCACUCCCUUUUUAAAAAGCACAGAAUUCACAAUGGAGAAAUGAGUUAUGAGUGCAAUGAAUGUGGGAAAUCCUUUAGGAGAAAAUCUGACUUCAUUCGACACUGGAGGGUUCACACAGGAGAGAGGCCUUAUGAAUGUAGUGAGUGUGGGAAAUGUUUUUCUUCUACCUCCACCCUCCGGUAUCAUCAGAGAAUCCACACUGGAGAAAAGCCUUAUAAAUGUAAUGACUGUGGGAAGACUUUCAUCUCUAACUCUGGCCUCCGUUACCAUCAGAGAGUUCACGCAGGAGAAAGGCCUUACGAGUGUAGUUACUGUGAAAAAACUUUUACCCAAAUAAACCACCUCAUUAUACACAGAAGAGUUCACACAGGAGAAAGGCCUUAUGAGUGCAGUGAGUGUAGGAAAACCUUUAGCCACAAAUCUUAUCUCUCUGAACACCAGCGAGUUCACACGGGAGAAAGGCCUUAUGAAUGUAGUGAGUGCGGGAAGGCUUUUACCUCUGGCUCUGCCCUCUGUUAUCAUCAGAGAGUUCACACGGGAGAAAAACCUUACGUGUGCAGUGAUUGUGGGAAAUCUUUUACCAAUGGACCGAUACUCAUUCAACACCAUGGACUUCACACGGGAGAAAGACCUUAUGAGUGCAGUGCGUGUGGGAGGUCCUUUACCCAAAGGAUUCACCUCGUUAUUCACCAGAGGGUUCACACAGGAGAAAGACCUUACGAGUGCAGUGAGUGUGGGAAAUCGUUUACCUCUCGUUCCACCCUCCAUUAUCACCAGAGAGUUCACACAGGGGAACGGCCUUACGACUGCAGUGAGUGUGGGAAGUCUUUUAGCAGGAAGUCCAACCUCUCCCGGCACCAGAGAGUUCACACCGGGGAAAGGGCGUAGGCGUGUGGGAAAUGGGCGGCGUCCCUGUCCAGUGUAAUAUCGCCAGAGGAAACCGGUAGGUGCCGCUUGUCUGAGCCAAAUCUCAAUGUGCAGGUGAUGUGUCGCUCUCUCUUACCUGCCUGGAGCUCGUUGUAGCUUUGUGUCACUGCCUUUUUCUGUGACUGCGGCUGUUUUAUCUCUGCCACCUGGCAGACCUGUCACCCACAUGUGCUCAGGCAACCCGACUCGUGUUACCUCAUUUGUAGAGAAAAUGAGGAGAACCCGGCUCCCUAAGAGGUCUGCACUGCCUUCUCUCUGCCUUGAGCGUGCGUCUACCUAGCUUGGUUCCAGAAAGCAUCGUGUGGGUGAGCUGAUGUUUUGCAGAGGAGAACAGCCCUUUGAAGGAUGUGGUCUCCUGAGUGUCUGUGAUGAAUUUUUCAGCUUCCGAGUCACCGACUCAGAACUCCCAUUCCAGUCUCACUUGGGCUGUACAGUGGCGGGGCCCUGUUUCAGUCCCUUUUAUCUCUGGUGUCCGUUUAUUGUGUUGGGUGAUUUAUUAACAUUGGGGCUCAACAAGCCUGAAGGGGGGGCAUCGUUGAGUGUCUCAGACAUUCUGUACCUCAUGGGACACAGAAAUUGCCAAAUUUGCGUUAAUACUCGUGAUCCCCUAGGAAAGACCUCGGGGCUUUCCAGGUGGCACAUGAAGCCUGGAUGCUGUGCGUUUUCGGGAGACUGAGCGCUGGCCCUGGAAGGGGGCAGUGUGACAUCCCAAAGUGCAUCUGCCAGCAGCGUGGAUCCGAUCCUCCUUCACAGGGUAUGUCACGGCGACGUCAGCACUAAUGGGGGAUUUUCCCCAGGGCCCGCACUGACCGUGUGUCCUGAUGCCCUUGCUUCCAUGGGUGAUGGUCAGUGGUUAUAACCUUAGGGUCAGGGUCAGCAGAACUAUUGCACAAACACUGCCUUACUAGAGAUCUCGGGAGACUGGCCCACUGGCAGAUCAGGCCUUUGCUAGAAGUUCGCUCAGCGAUGUUCUCGGCGGCAGACGGAGGACCAGUUUGUGUAGAAAUCUGAGCACCUCCAGGAUGUUUGUCAUGUGUAACUAAGUCACUGUUACUUGUUUUUGUCAGCCAAACUGUAAUUAAUAUAUGAAUAUAUUUAUACCUCAUGUUACAAGAAUUGGACUAUAGGUUAUUAAAUCUUGGAGCAUUUUUUAAAAGCUCUAAGGUAUAACUUGCACGUGAGCCACUGUACACAUUUAAGAGCUGCAUUUGAUAAUUUUUGAUGUAUAUGAAGCUGAAAUCAUCUGUCAUACCAACCAUAUCCGUCACAGUAGAUUUACAUCUCAUCCUUGUCCAACCUCUUCCUUCCCUUCUCAGCCUCUAGGGGAUAAUAACUUUGCAUUUUCUAGAUUUUAUAUGCUGGGUGUCAAAGUAUUUUUUCUGCUUGCUUUUAUGUUGCAUAAAUAUCUGGAGGUUCGUUAGUGGCCUAUGAGAAGCUCAUCUUUGUUGUUGUUAUAUUUUGGCCGACAAAUAUUUUUAUCUUUGAAUACGCUGCUGUCCCACUGCUACCCAGGCGGUUGUUCAUGGACACGGAGGGUGCUUCUGGUUUUUGGCUCUUUUUUUAAUUAAUUAAUUAAUUAGUACAUACAUACAUACAUACAUACAAGCACUGGGUACAGUCAGAAGCGCGGGAGGGUGAGAGGAUUCACCAGAGCCAGAGCGGGGAGCAGAGCAGGCAGAAGGACCGAAGGACACUGCUGAGGGGAGCAGCGGGCGGCAGGAGAGGUCUGCGUGUCAUGUGGGAUCCUCGCUGGCAGCCGGGAAUCGAACCUGCGCUAUAGAGGCUGCGGGCAGCUUCGCAGCCCAGAGUUCAACUGCUGCGCCACCAGAGGAGGCCCUUGUAUAUAAUUCUUAAUGUGAAGAUAAGCUUCGGGUAUCUUUUCGGAAUGAUUCAGACUGCGGUCCGAGUCCCGGGCGAGUGAAUGCAUAACAAGCUCGCGAGCGGCAGUCUCAUCGUGAUUGUGCCUGUUUUCGCUCUAUCCGACCAUGUAGGAUCCUUCCUUCCCCCCACGCCCAGGUGAGUACUGGGCUGGCUGACCUUUGUGAAAGGUGACCUUUUUAUUCAGUCUGUCGCGCCAGCUGACUGUUGUUUUUACUGCAUUUCCCUAGGAAUUCAUCGUGAACAUUUUUUAGAUGGGCCGCCGCUUUCUGUCUGGGGUGAAAUGCCCCCGUCUGCUGCGUCUGGUGGCUGUCCUGUUGUCCUGGCUUUAGCGAGAGGACAGUGAAACAGUGAUGUAUGCUGGAGCUGCCUUUGGUGACUCUGCUUACGGACUAAUGGUGUGCAGUACGGGGAGAAUACGUUCCGCUUGUCUGUGGUUUAUGCCGUACCGUGGUGUAUGUGUCCACGCGGUGGACACGGACGCUCAGGCUGAAUCUGGGGGGGGCGCUCUCUGCGCCCAACGCCGUAAAUGCUUUGGCUUUUUGCCUGUUUUCCUGCUCUGACACCGUGAGGGCUGGAGGACUCUUGGGGGCCUCAGGAUGGUUGGGGGGCUUUUUUGAGUCUCACAGCUCAGCCACGAGUGACAUGGGAGGGCAGUGAUGGAUGGCCCUCGCCCUGGGUCAGACGGCCUGGUUUGAGCCCCUGCGCCUGACUAUCCCUGGGACUUACCAGCAGACGACCUGCCUGCGCCGGGCCUGGCUUUCCUUCUUAGUGGUGGCAGAAGGUGUGGCUCUGUCCCUGUGUUGUUGGAGGUCAAGAGCUGAGCUGUCCCUUGGCUCUGCCAGCUGCACCCACUGGCUUCCUGUGCCUGCUCAGCCCCAGCCAGGCCUCCUUGAUCCCCCCAGUGUCCCUGAAACUGUCUGGCACCGGAUGUUUUCAGGCAAGAAAUACUGGGCCUCAGAACCUGCUGACCCCUCACAGUGACAGCUGGUUGAGGUCUCAGUGUGGGGUCCCGCACCGGGGAAUCGGGGCCGUUGCCAAGACUUAAAGCCAGGCAGUGGUGGCAUCAACCCGGCUCCUGUGGGCGUCAGUACAAAGAACAGAUCGCCCCCAGUACUUAGUGCUGCUGGGACGCAGGCCUGCUCGGUGAGCAUUUUCUCUGUCAUAGCACCCUGGGGACUGGAAACCAUUAGAAUGUCUCAGGGAAAAUCCCAAGUCAGAAAAUCCAGCUUCCUUAAGUUCACUCAGUGGUUAAGUGUCAGACGCCAAAAACUAGAUUCAAACCCUGCUCUGCGCUGGGUUGCGAAGCUGCCCGCAGCCUCUGCGGCGCCAGUUCGAUCCCCGGCUGCU